AUGGCGUCUCAGGAACCUAGGACAUACGCUCCCGUCCUUUUCCUUUUUCUGAGCCAUGGCGUGGCAAGUCUCGGUGCAAAUUCCAGCCAGGAUUUGCAUCCAUUGCUGCAAAAAAUGGCAGAAGAAAUAAUAGAUGGGAACUAUCUGAAUGCGUUCCUGGAUCUCAUACAGUUUCAAAGCUCCCACCUGUGGACGGCGGACCUGUCCCACGGAGUCCUGGCCUACCUGCACGCACGGAACGUGGCCUUCACCAUCCCCAGCCUGCAGGCGGCCGUGGAGCACCACCUGGAGCAGCGGCUGUACCAGCCCCAAAAGCUGCGGGAGGACCUGCGGGGAGCCGACGCCGGGCAGUUCCGCACCGCCAUGCAGUGCCUCGCGGAAGACAAGAAGGACCGCUGGGAGCUGGAAGGCAUCGUCAUCGAUGUGGGGGAGAUUCGGAAACAAGCCUUGCAGAGCCCGGGCGUGAACCGCAGCCUGCUUCUCAUCACGCUGGAGCGGUGCUUCCAGGAGCUGAGCUCCCUGGAGUGCGUGGCGGUCCUGGGCAAGGUGCUGCGGGGGUCCCCGGGCCGCUUCCUGCAGCCCGGCCUCCCAGCGAGGCUGCCCGCGGGCCUGCGCGAGGACGCCUUCAGGAACCUGUCCGCGGUGUUCAAAGACCUCUACGACCAAACCCCGGCCCGUUCCCAGAGAGCCCUCUACUCCUGGAUGGCGGGCGCGCUGCGGGCGUCCUCCAGCGCCACCGAUGGGUCUGCUUCAUGGGUCAGCGCAGAAACCUUAUGGAUUUUGGGCAGAUACAUGGUUCACCUACCCCUUGAAGAAAUUACGAAAAUCAGUCCCAUGGAAAUCGGGCUGUUCAUCAGCUAUGACAACGCCACCAAGCAGCUGGACACCGUCUAUGACAUCACGCCGGAGCUGGCCCAGGCGUUCCUGGAGCGGAUUGGCUCCUCCGACUUCGACAUGAGGAACGCCUCCACCGUCCACAGGCUGGGGCUGCUCGUCUGUUUCUAUGGAGACCUGGAGCUGCUGGACGCCGCGCUGGCCCGAGUCCUCCUCCACCAGAUGAUCAAGUGCAGCCGUCUCCGGGGCUUCCAGGCUGGUGUCCAGAAGAUGUGGAAGCAGGUGUGGGAGCAGGUGUGGAGCAGAUGUGGGAGCAGGUGUGGAGCAGAUGUGGGAGCAGGUGUGGAAACAGGUGUGGGAGCAGGUGCGGGAGCAGGUGUGGAGCAGGUGCGGGAGCAGGUGCGGGAGCAGGUGUGGGAGCAGGUGUGGGAGCAGGUGUGGAGCAGGUGUGGAGCAGGUGUGGGAGCAGGUGCGGGAGCAGGUGUGGAGCAGGUGUGGGAGCAGGUGUGGGAGCAGGUGUGGGAGCAGGUGUGGAGCAGGUGUGGGAGCAGAUGUGGGAGCAGGUGUGGGAGCAGGUGUGGGAGCAGGUGUGGGAGCAGGUGUGGAGCAGGUGUGGAGCAGGUGUGGGAGCAGGUGUGGAAGCAGGUGUGGGAGCAGGUGUGGGAGCAGGUGCUGGAGCCGGUGUGGGAGCAGAUGUGGGAGCAGUUGUGGGAGCAGAUGUGGGAGCAGAUGUGGAAGCAGCUGCUUUCCUCCACCCCCCCCCCCCCACCCCUGCGUCUCCCCAUCUCAGGUUGCCAUGGAGUUGAGGCUCCCUCUUCCGACGACAUCUUCAAGUUGGCCGAAGCCAAUGCCUGCUGGGCCCCCCAGGACCUGCGCUGCCUGGAGGAAGCCACGUUCCUCAGGAGCGUGGAGCUUCUGGGGGCCGUUGGGGGCUUCCUCCGGCCUCAGCUGACCGCCCUAAAGGAGAAGGCGAUCCAGGUCUGGGACACGCCUUCUUACUGGAGAGAACACCACAUCGUCUCGCUGGGCCGCAUUGCUCUGGCUCUUAACGAGAGUGAGCUGGAGCAGCUGGACCUCAGCUCCAUCGACACCGUGGCUUCCCUGAGCCAGCAGUCAGAAUGGACCCCAGGACAGGCUAAAUCCAUCCUGCGAGGGUUCCUGGAGGACUCGGGCUACCGCAUCCAGGACCUGAAGAGCUUCCACUUAGUAGGACUUGGUACAACCCUGUGUGCCAUGGAUGUCACCGACAUCUCACUUAUACAGAUCUCAGAAUUCAGGGUGGUGGUGGCCAGAAUCGGGACCCUGCCCUGCAGCACCCAGGUCUUGGCCGAGUUCAAGAGGAAGGCAGCCGUUGUGUUUGGGGAUCCCACCAAGUGGUCCAGCUCUGUCUUGCAGGAACUCGGAACUAUUGCCGCGGGAUUAACGAAGGAAGAGCUCCGGGUGCUCGACAAGGAUUUGAUGCCGUAUUUCCAACCAUCAGCAAUCAGAUGCCUUCCUGCUGAGAUAUUCAAAGAGCUCUCUGCCCAGCAGAUCGCCGCCCUGGGCCCCGAGAACGCGGCCGCCGUGACCCCGGCCCAGCGCCGGCUGCUCCGCGCGCCGCAGCUGCAGAGCCUCCAGCGGGCGCUAGAUGGCGCCAAGUCGCGCCCCUGGCUGGAUGCUCCCCCGAGCGCAAGCCCCAGCCGGACGCCCUCCUCGCCUUCUCACCCAGGAGCCUCCGCCUCCCCGGCUCUCUGGCUUGGCUGCCCGCUGCUGGUCCUAGCGCCCGAACUCGUGCG